AUGUUUCCUCUGAAGAUAUGCAUUCUUCUCAUCUACUUUUGCAACACUGACUGUGCUCCAGAAGACCAUGAGCUGACUUCAAACUCUGAAGAGGAUGCUGACCAACCAAAUGAUCUUCCAGGACAUGAUGUAAGGAAGAUAUGCGAUCUAAUUAGGUGCAAAACAGUCUUAUCCAAAUUCGCUGAAGACAUCAACUCUGUACUAGUAGCCAAUCCAUUAAAAGAAAAAGAAACAGUCGAUAACCUCAUGAAUCUAGUGAAAGCAGAGAUCGGUGCAGAAGGUCAUGUCGACAGCAUAUUUCCUGACAAGCAAAGCAGAAGGUUACCAUGUCAAAAAGCAAUUGCUGCAAUUUCCUACCCAAUUCUAACUGUUUAUUCUUCGCAAGGACAAUCAUACAUCAAUGCAGUAACGAAUGUUCACGGAUCAAAGUAUUGGACGCAAGAUACUGGAGGAAUAAACUCGCUGUUGGAAGUGUUGUUCUCCUAA